AUGGGUUCUGAAGUUGAUCAAGAAACUAUUGGUCAUGAAGACUCAAAUCUUGCAAAUGCGACCUGUCGUAUAUGCAGAGGAGAGAGUACUGAUGACAACCCUUUAUUUCAUCCUUGUAAAUGCAGAGGCUCUAUCAAAUAUAUCCAUGAAUCCUGUUUGAUUGAAUGGGUGGCAUCAAAAAACGUGGACAUUAAUAAACCUGGAGCUGAAGUAAAAUGUGAUAUUUGCCAUUAUCCUAUUCAGUUUAAGACCAUGUAUGAUGAGAAUAUGCCAGAGAGCAUCCCCACAUUUUUACUUAUUACCAAAUUUCUAGGGUUACUGUUUAGCACAAUGAAGCUCGCGUUGACAAUAGCGGUGGCCGUUGUUCUUCUUGUCAUUGGCGUUCCUCUUACAUGGAACUUCAUCGGCAAGCUUUACGCUAUUUUGUUAGAUGGAGCUGCUCUACCGAUUGAAGAUAACUUUUGGAUGAGUGUACUUUUUGGCUACGAAGAUAAUGUCCCCAAGGACAUCAAAACGCGCGAUAUCAUCAUACAACUGCUCAAGAACUAUCGAUUCUCAUUGUCUCAAAUUGUUUUGGUUGCAGUUAUACAUAUCGCGCUCUACUUUCAAUAUGACAUGGUAGUUAGGGAAUCUAUUUUCAGCAAGAUGGUCUACCACAAAAUUGGGCCUAGAUACAGUAAAGAAGAGCUUAUGACUGAAAAACUAAAGCAACAGUUCCCAGGCAUAGAUGACAAUACAGUCAAUCAUAUAGUGCAGUUGAUGAAGUUAAGAGAGGAGAGGGGUGAGGAACAGGACAUUAUAGUGGAACGCGAAGAACUCGUCGACGAUGAAAACAAUGGCGCUGAAGAACAUCUACAUCCACGGCCUGAGCCAACCCUAAACUUAGCAAAUGUGGAUGAAAAUGUUGACGAUAACGAUAACGACAGUGAUUUUGACACUGACAACAUGUCGUCAAGCGACGAGUCUGAAGGAGAAAUGGACGAAAUAGAGCCAGAUGAACAAGAAGCCUUAAUGGAGAAUGCUGAUCCUUUUGAUAACAUAAGAAACCGUCGGGCUGUCAAUGAAUUCGAUCAGCUGCUUGAUGCUAGAUUAGACGCUGUAGCUAACGGCAAUGAUAACGUCCCGGUUAUACCACUACCGAAUAAUGAUAUUCCCGAACGAGUCGAUCUCGAAGGCAGAGAUGUCCCAGCAAUUGAUCAACAGGAUCCAGCAAUGUUCAGUUUAAAACUUAAAGUCGAAAACUUGCCUGUUUAUUACAUAGUUGGAACCGUUUUUGUGGCUAUCUACCUUCUUUUGGCUUAUGUGAUCCCAACUGUGGUGGGAAACGGUCUUCUGGGGCUUUAUACUUUCGUCAUUUCAAUCUUCGCUCGUGGAGUAGCGAGACUUGGUAUAAUGUGCCGCCUUCCACAAUUAUAUUCAAUGGUUGAAGACAAGAUUACUGUGUUUAGCAGUUUUACGGCUUUUUUAAGCGACCAAUGCGUCAAACCAAUAUUGGGUUAUUAUGAACUUUACAAGGGGGGCAAUUUGAAAUCUUCCACUAUCGUGCAAUCAUUGCCCGCCUUAACCACUUACCUGACUGCCGUUUAUCUCCUAUGCAUUUUGUCAGAAGUUUACGCUAAAGGAUUUGGUCCUAAAAAUGGUAUGAAGAAUCUCAAUUGGCGCUUUACUUUCCAACUUUUUUUUGCUAUCAAGUGUUCGUUGAAAGUUUUUACCCUUUUCGCGAUUGAGUUGGCUGGCUUUCCAAUCCUGGCUGGAUUGAUGAUAGACUUUUCGUUACUUUGUCCCAUGCUUUACUCACAGAGAAAGCUUUUCUAUUUGUUUGAAUUGAGCUCUUGGAAGCCACUGGUCUGGAUUGCGUACUGGGCAGUCGGGACCUGGUAUAUGUUUUGGUUUGCAAAGUAUGUCGGAAUGAUCAGGCAUUAUAUUAUUAGACCAGGUGUUCUGUUCUUCAUCAGAUCACCCGAUGAUCCCAAUAUAAGGAUUCUUCACGAUAGCUUGAUACACCCCAUGAAAAUACAGUUAUCAAGAUUAACACUUUCAAUGGUCAUCUACGCCAUGUUCAUAAUAGUGGGUUUCGGUUUUCAUACCAGAAUACUGUUUCCCAUACUGCUACGCUCAAACAUUCUUCCCAUUGAGCACCAUUUUGGCAGAUUUGAGGGACCUGGGAUUUGUGGUGUCUUAAUGCUCUGUAAACAAAUAAUGGAUUCCUGCACGAGUUUAAAGUUGUAUGUGAGACAAUACUGGACUCGUGUUUUCGAUAUUUGUUGCAAAAAGCUAAGGUUGUCUUCCUUCAUCCUUGACAAAGACGUUUCGGUAGAGAGGGGAUAUGUCAUGUACCGGAACAUGUUUUAUGCACUUUUGUUUUCGAAUAAAGCCAAAUGGUCAAAUCCAGAUCUUUACUCAAGUCCCAAAACUCUCUCGCAAGCAAAGCUACUUUUCAAAGAGAACAAAGACGUACAUGCUUAUUUCAUCCCUGAUGGAACCCUAAUGCGUGUUCCGGCUAAUGAUAUAAUUUCACGCAACUUUGUACAGACACUCUUUGUUCCUGUUACUAGAGAUGACAAACUUUUGAAGCCUCUUGAUGUUGAACGUAUUAAGGAAAGAAAUAGACAGAGUGCCGGAGAAUUCAAUCAUUUGGACGAGCAAAGUACCGAAUUUGAUGCAUAUACCAUAGUUUACACACCUCCGCAUUUCAAACUAAGAUACUCGACAUUGAUUGCUUUGAUUUGGUUAUUUGCGUCGGUUCUUUUUAUUUUCUUGGCUCUUUUCUUCAAUUUCGUGGCUAAGAUGAUCAUAACAAUUGUUGUUUUACCUUUACUGUGGUUUGAUGAUCGUGGGGCAAACUUCCUUGCCUUCUGCAAAGAUGUCACUAAGUUGAGUCCCUAUACCCUGGCCUUGGGAGCAAUCUUUUCCUCACUGAUACUCGACAAAUAUCAUAAACUGCGUGAAGCAAGGGCAGUUCAUAAUGAGCACAUUGUCCCUGUUCACGAGCCCGAUGAAAAUGUCGAAGACAUCAAUGAAGACCAUUUAGAAGCUCCAGUUGAGAACAUAGAAGAUGAAGAAGAAGGCUGGCUUGAAUUUUUCCGUGGGUUCUUCAGCAACCCAACUUUAAAGCUUUGUCUCCUACAAUUGGCAUGUGUUCUGAUCAUAGUGAACAAGCCAUCAUGCAUCAGUUACAACUACUUUUUCAGCUACUCAUUGUUUUUGAGGCAGUUUGUAAUGGGAGCCGAACCCGAUAAAACUCGCGUUUUUAUUCCGUUCGUCUCUUCUGAGUCAGCAUUCGCAGCAUCCUCUCUAUUUUCUAUGGAUAACGUACCGGAUCUUCUUCCACUACUGAUAUGGAUAGUGAUGGAUUGUGCUUUUUUCCUUGUCAAGUUCAUGGUUAUAUUGCCAACAAGGUUGGCGAAUGAUGGAAACAGAAAUGCAACCAUGCGUACAUAUUACCUAAAGGCAAUCAAGGCCAAUUUUAUUGAGUGCCUGUUCACAACAGGCCUUACACUGCUUCUGCAGCUAUUUAUGUGCUCGGGAGAAUAUCUGCUCUAUCCUCAAAACUAUACAUCAUUACCAGCUGUGAUGAUCUUCCUCACUAAGUACCGAUUUACUACACCAGCAGAAGUUGCACAUUACACAUUUUUUCAAAGAGCAUUUUAUUUCAUUUCACCAAUUGUCUGUACUGCCUACUAUACCACACAGUAUUUCAGAAAAUUCAAAAACUCAUUCAACCUUGCGGUGGCUAACAUAAAAGACGAGGUUUACGGAAGAGGGAAAACUUUGACAAAUUUACCGGAUGAUAAUGAUAGAUAA